AUGCCGGUGAUGAAUGCCAGUGAGCGAUACGAACAUACGAGGGCCAACCGUUGGUGUGGAGAAGUGGUAGAAGAUGCUCCUUACGUCACGCAGCCGGACUGGUUAGACCGCUGCGGCUGCCGGUAUGUGGUCCAUGGAGACGAUAUAACGCUAGCAGCAGACGGGAAGGACUGUUAUCAGGUAAUGAAGGAUCUGGGAAGGUUCAAAGUGGUCAAGAGAACGCCCGGGGUCAGCACCACAGAGAUUAUCCACAGGAUCCUUACCUGCAGGGGAAAGGGAUCUUGGGAAAUGCCCUCCCCCGACGAAUUACAGUCGUACAGUACCGGACCUGACGGUUUUAGCAAACAUUGUUUCGUCUUCGAGAACGAUCUAAAGGAGCCGUUGGUUCGAGGUGGAUACAGCUUCGAGCCGCAAAAUUGUAAGUUUGUUAGAGGCAACUUCGAUCUUUUCCAUAUGGGUCAAAUCGAGCAAUUAGCUCGCAUAAGAGCCGCGGCGCCCAGCGAUGCUCGAGUUAUUGCCGUGAUCGAAACCGACGAUGACUGUAUAAUGAGUCUCAAAGAGCGAUCACUAAGCGUCCUAUCUUGUAGGCACAUCGAUGGAAUCGUUAUUCUUACUGCGGGUCAACAGGGCCCCCCGGCGCAGUAUCUCAUUGACGACAGAUCACUCCCACAAGAUAAUAGCGGGUUUCAAUAUCUGAACAGAGACAUCAUUGUGAAAAGAGUCCUCGAUCAGCGGGAUAUAUACGAGCAGCGUAACGCUCGUAAAGGCAUGCCGAUUGUCUAG